AUGUCGGCUAUGGAAGAAGACACCCAGACCGCAAAGGACUACUACUUUGACUCGUAUGCCCACUUUGGCAUCCACGAGGAAAUGUUGAAGGACGAGGUCCGCACCUUGACCUACCGUGCCUCGAUCUACCAGAACCGCCACUUGUUCAAGGACAAGGUCGUCCUCGAUGUCGGAUGCGGCACCGGUAUCCUCUCCAUGUUCGCAGCCAAGGCUGGUGCCAAGAUGGUCAUCGGAGUUGAUAUGUCGAACAUUAUCAACAACGCCAGAGAGAUUGUCAAGGACAACAAGUUGGACCACAUCGUCACCUUGAUCCAAGGCAAGAUGGAGGAGGUUGUUCUCCCCGUCCAGCAUGUAGACAUCAUCAUCUCCGAGUGGAUGGGAUAUUUCUUGUUGUACGAGUCCAUGUUGGACACCGUUCUUGUUGCCCGUGACAGGUACCUCGCCCCUGGUGGUCUCAUCUUCCCCGACAAGGCCACCAUGUACAUUGCCGCCAUUGAGGACGGCGACUAUAAGGAUGAGAAGAUCGGAUACUGGGACAACGUCUACGGAUUCGACUACUCGUCGAUCAAGAAGAUCGCCCUCAAGGAGCCCCUUGUCGACACCGUUGAUGCUAAGGCCAUAGUCUCCAGCGCCUGCGGUUUCAAGGACAUUGACAUCUUGACCGUCAAGAAGGAGGACUUGAACUUCAAGGUUCCCUUCUCGAUCACCGCCAACCGCGAUGACUAUAUCCACGCUUUCAUCUCCUGGUUCGACAUCUCCUUCGACGCUUGCCACAAGCCCGUCAACUUCAGCACCGGUCCCCACGCUCAGUACACCCACUGGAAGCAGACUGUCUUCUACACCCAGGAGGCCAUGACCGUCAAGGCUGGAGAGACUAUCUCAGGAGAGUUGACCUGCUCACCCAAUGCCCGCAACCCUAGGGAUUUGGAUAUCAUUAUCGACUAUGAGUUCAAUGGCCAGCAGAUGUCUAUCAAGGAGAAGAACGAGUACCGCAUGUGCUAA